CGCACGUGAUUUGACUCGGAGAGGACGUAUCUCUCAUUCCCGCGCACUUUAAACUCAAAUCAAUCCCAGGAAUAUCACCGUAACCGAAUAAAUUUCCUAAAACGAUUAAAAAUCGAAUGGAAAAUAAAAAUGAUAAACCGUCAAUUCCACCGGAUGAGGAGAAAUCCGUGAUAGAGUCGGUUUUCGUCUCAACACCGACUUUCACUGUUUAAUCGGUCGCCCGGGGGAACCUCCUCCGUUUAGUUUCCAUUCUUUCGAAUGUGAUGCAACAUCAUUCACGCUCCGAUUUUCCGCGUUCAGUUUUAUUUCUACACGUUUUAUUUCUGAACUGUUGAAUCAGCUAAAUAUCUGGACAGGUGCAUUGGACUUUAAUUCGUGGAAAUCAAAACCUGCUGAUCAAUACUGAAGGUAUUUGAAUCCUAUCGGGAUGAAUAAAUAAUGGAAAUGUUCAGCGAUAAUUCUGGUGAAAUAUUGAUGGCAUAGAGAUGGAAAAAAAUCAAUCGACAAUGUCAACAUCGGAGCCAGCACCGACUGCACCUCCACCCUCACCAACAGCACUACCACCAUCCUAUGAGGAAGCCAUUGCCCAGUCGAUGGGGAUGACAAACUCAUCGAUCAAUGUCACAUCGUAUCCACAGGCCAUUCCCCGGGUAGCCGUCCCCACUCCCUUUGUUCAACCCACGGUGCAUAUGCCCAGACCACAAACCGAUGCAACGGAUGCAUACGAUCCACCGUAUACUGCACCUCCGUCUUAUCCAAUAACUUCGGAGGUGCGGGUGGUCCGGGGCCCUGGGUCCUACGCCCUGGGACCUGGGCCUGUGAAGAUGCAGUGCCCAUUGUGCAUGGCUGACAUCAAAACCUCCACGGUAUCAGAUCAUCAACCCAUGGCACAUGUCUGCUGUCUCAUUCUCUGUGUUCUUGGAUGUUGUCUGUGUUCGUGUCUCCCUUACUGUAUGAGUGCCUUCAUGUCAGUUCAUCACUUCUGCCCCAGGUGCAAAAUGUGCAUCGGUACCUGGAAAGGCUUCGAGCCCUCAAGAAGACUCAUGGCGGUCAGAGUUUAAUACUCUAGAACUGAACUCACGCAGGUGGAUCAAUAACGAUUUUGUAAUCAAUGUCUUCGUGAGUCGCAUUUAAGUGACAGCUGUUGACAGCAACACCUAAUUUUUCGUCUCCAGAUUAUUUCUAUUAUUUUUUCAAAAGACUACUUGUUAUUAGCUUUUUUUAUUACUGAUUUAUCAAGUUUGUUGGGGGUUACUUUGAGAUUCUUCGUCAUCUAGAACGAAGUCUUCCCGAUAGCCAUCUCGAGGCGUUAUAUUACCUCCAGAUGAAGCUAAAAAUUGUUACGAGAGAUUAUCAAAUCGUAUCGAAUAUUAAAUGUGUAAAUCAUAAUACCUGUUCCAUAGAUGAUCCAUGAAAAUGUAUGAAUGAAUAUAUGUUAAAUAUAAUAAAUACACAUUAGGAAUAUA